AUGAAAUUGGUAGAUUGCUGCUAUAUACUAAGUGAUUUUCGACACUCUGCCACUAAUUUUUGGACCAUGACACCUUUGAAGCAAGUUAGAUGUAGUUGUGGUUUUCCUGUAGCAAAGAGGACCGCGUGGACUCAUGAAACCUCGAGAAGGAAGUUCGUGGCUUGCAAAUUCUACAAUCCCGAAACUGGACAAAGGGGUUGCGAUAAAUUUGAUUGGGUUGAUGAAGGUAUACUUGACUGGAAGAGGGAUGUUACUAAUGUGCUAGUAGUAAAAAAGCAUAGGGUUUCAACUGAUCUUGCCAUUAUGAGGAACAGAAUGGCAUGUAUUGAGCAAGAGAAGGCUAGGCUUGCUGAAGAGGUCGAAAGGUUGAAGAAGAACAAGGGCAUGAUGAAGGUUCAUGAUAAAGAGGAUGUGUGGGUGGAAGGCCAAGACCAAGUGGCAAAGGUGAUCAUGGAAUCUCUUUUGGAUGUUUUUAAUCCAAUUGUAGAUAACAAUCUCAAUGAGGAAAUUGAUCUCACGCUACGUCAGUUAGCGCUUCCGUGUCUAAGUAGUGGAGACAAGGACGCACUGGAUAAAGAAUUUUCAGAAUCUGAAAUCAAGGAAGCCAUGCUGAGUAUACAUAGUUCGAAAUCACCAGGACCAGACGGAGUAACGGCGGAAUUCUUCUCUUUAUACUGGGAGACGGUUGGUGAUUUAGUAACUAAGAGCGUUCUAAGAUUUUUUCACACGGGCUACCUGCUCAAGGAAUGGAAUCAAUCUCUCUUAGUUAUGAUCCCAAAGAAUUCGAAUCCGGAAUUGGCUAGUCAUUUUCGGCCUAUCGGUUUAUGUAACACAAUAUACAAAUGCAUUUCAAAAUGUAUGGUGAACAGAUUAAAAAAGGUGUUGCCAAGUUUGAUUUCCAAUUACCAACACACCUUUAUUCCGGGUCGCUAUAUGGAGGACAAUGUCCUUCUGAGUCACGAACUUCUUCACAUGGUUAAUUCAAGAAAGGCGGAUAUGGCAGUUAUAAAGGUAGAUAUGUCCAAAGCCUAUGAUAGGGUGGAUUGGACCUUCCUUCUCAAGGUUCUUCAUGCAUAUGGUUUUUCAGCAAAAUGGAUACAACUUAUUUCGCAAUGUGUUAGUACGGUGUCGUUUAGAACUCUGAUUAAUCGAAAGGCUUCAUCUCCUUUCAAGCCCAGAUGUGGCCUUCGACAAGGUGAUCCUAUCUCUCCGUACCUGUUCCUAUUUUGCAUGGAUAUUUUAUCUAGAAUGCUAUCAUUAGCAGAGGAUAUAAAGUUAUUCAAAGGGCUUCAAAUCUCAAGACGAUCACCGUCGAUUUCACAUUUAUUCUUCGCGGAUGAUGUCAUGUUAUUUUUCAAAGCGGAUGAAAGGGCAUGUAGUGCAGUAAUGAAGAAUCUGGUUAGGUUUGGUAAAAUCUCAGGUCAGCAACUAAACUUAAAUAAGUCCUUUGUUAAAUUUUCACCAUCUACAAGCACUGAAAAGAAAACGAGUCUUCGGGCAAUACUCAAAAUGCCGCAAGUUUCCCAGUUAGGGAACCAUUUAGGAGUCCCUAUUGACAUUCAGGGGAAAAAAUCAUCACAUUUCCAAUUUGUUGUGGAUAAAAUUGCGGGGAAGAUUUUAAGUUGGUCUACACUAUACCUCUCCCAAUCAACCAAGUUAAUUCUAAUCCAGACCAUUCUUCUUUCUAUUUCUUCCCACGUUAUGAAAUGCCUAAAAGUUCCGCCCUCAAUUACGAAUAAAAUUGAUUCUCUCAUUGGUAGGUUUUGGUGGGCGGGUGCUAAGGAUAGGGGUGUGCAUUGGGUGAAAAGGAGCUUGGUUAAUAAGCCAAAGGCUAUGGGAGGAGUAGGUAUUCGAUCGUCUGAGCUUCUGAACGAUAGCUUGUUAUUUAAACAAGCUAUGAGGCUCCAUAAAGAUCACAACCUUUUGGUUUCUAAGGUAAUUUUCUCGACUAGCGGGUGUUGUGUUUGCAAGAAGGGUCUCCAAAGACGUACAAAGAUUAGGUGCUCACUGGGCAGGAGAGGCCUUUAUAAUGCCUCCUCAAUCUUCGAGAAAGGUCUAGCAUGGAAGAUUGGAAAUGGAAAAGACGUGCUAGCAGCUAGUAUGGCAUGGGUGGAGGGAAGAAUCCCAAUGGUUCGUUCGAAUCAACUUUUGGCACGCUCUAGAAGAUGGAAGGUGGAGGACUUCAUUCACCAACAUAGCAACACAUGGAAUGUGUCUUUAAUCAGGCAAUGUUUUGAAUGGAAGGACGCCAAGGAUAUCUUGGCGAUGGACUUACCUCAUACACCUGCUACAGAUUUUAUCUUCUGGAAAGGAUAUCCUUCAGGAAAUUUCACGGUUAGGUCAGGUUACGCUAUGUUAGUUGAGAAGAGGAUCAUGGAGGAAGAUAGAAUUUCUGAAGAUGUUUUGAAGGCUCUACGUAUAAUUUGGAAAAUUAAUAUUCUGCCAAAAUGGAAGGUUUUCAUGUGGAAACUUAUGUACGGAGGCUUAGCUGUUAAUCAUAACCUGGAAAGGAGAGGCUUUGAUGUUAGCAAUCAUUGUGGCUAUUGUGGGUGUGAGGACGAGUCCUUGCAUCAUGUUUUCCAGACUUGUAGUGUGGCUAGAUUGGUAUGGUCAGUUUACCGAAUACAAGUCCACUCAAAUGAUAAUGAAUCCAUAAGCUUUACUACGUGGAUUCAGAGACAUAUCCUGCUCUAUUAUAGCAAGGAUUCAGCAGAGAACACCAAGCUCGAAGCCUUUGUUGCCAUGCUUCGGAGCUUGUGGGUCACUAGGAAUGGAAGGGUUGAUGGCUCGUGGGCAAAGAAAACAAAGAAGGCUGGCUGGGGAUGGGCGUACAAAGAUGGUGCGGAAGACAAUAAUUGCUAUAGGGAUGGAGGAGGGAGCUACGGGCGUACUUCUACAGCUUUCCAAGCAGAGGUCAAGGCUUGCCUACACGCUAUGCAAUGGGUAAAAGAGCAGAACAUUAAUGAGGUUAUGCUACUCACAGAUUCCAACAACUUGGUGAUGAACUUGAAGCUGAACAAGGAUGGUAUAGUCGUCCAGGCUAUCUGGGAUAUCAACGAAAUCAAGAGACUAGCAGCAACGUUCAACACAUGCAUAAUUCUAAAGGCAGACAGGGACAGAGUGAAAAGUGCUCAUAAUAUUGCUAACAGGUGCAGGAAGGAAGGGUUGAGUUUUCGUAAUAGAUUAUAG